AUGGAGGUUCUGCAGCAGACCAUCAACGAUAAUCCUUCUUUGGACGUGAAACAAGCACUGGAGGAGCAGCUAAGGGGGAUGCCCGAUCUGGAGCGGCUCGAACUGCUCACAGAGAUCCUGACGGCUGGCUCUACCAUGAAUCAGCGAUUUGCCGAGCUCAUCUAUGCUGCGUGGACACACAUUUGCGGGAACAAUCUCUGGUCGUUCAAGUAUGACUCGUUGGAGCAGUAUCGUCAACUGGUCAGCUAUCGAGAUACCAUCAGUCCCAUUAUUGCGCGAUUCAAGCGUUCGGACCGAGCCAAAGCCAGCAGUAUAGGUUUGAUCGAGCGCAAUUGGAAAGUCCCCAUUGUGCACGUUCUGCCCAGGGAGAUGAUACCAGACUCGUGGAGUAAGCAUCUCUUGUUUCUGCUCGGGGUGUUGAGCAGGAAGAAGGGCCGGGAAGAGGCUGCGAUGCUGCUGGCAGCAAGCGUGAAGAAUCGGCCGCAUCAGUCCCGGCACCAGAAUUCCCUGAUCGCUAGCGAUGUUCAGCGCGUGCUGGAUGACCUGGCCGCCAGAGAAGGCAUGUACCAUUCAGGGAGUGUAGCACGGUCAUUUGUACCUGAUAUGACCCGUCCGUUAUGGAUGGGACUCAUUCGAUGGGCGGAAAGCAUAUCCUGGUCGAAUCUGUGUCUCAUCCAUCUACAGCGACUGGCGAGUUACGAGUUUGGGCCCCAGGUGAAGGACUGGUCUCGGGAGGAAAUCGUGGCACGUUUGGAACAGUUGCUCCUGGACGACUUGACGUCUGUUGAUCAGCCAAUUCUUUUAUCCGAAUAA